AUGAAUAAAUUUGAAGUCCUUGGAAUCGUGGGUGAAGGAGCCUAUGGUGUGGUUUUGAAGUGCAGACAUAAGGUCACAGCAGCAGAGCUGACACAGGUGUACCACUCAGUUAAACACAAGCUCAGCUACAGCAGUGCUGACUGUGGCCACACGCUGAACCACAAAGAUUCAGCAAUGACUCUUGAAAGAACAAAAGCUGAGGCCCUGGCUAAAGAUGAUCAGAACAGACACAGGAGUCUGCGAUAA